AUGACAAUAUCAUAUUAGUAGAUUUUAAGAUCUAACGAAUAUAUUCAAAAUACUAAUAACAACAGAAUUCUCAAGAUAAGUCAAUCAAUAAUUAAAUAAUCACGAAAAUAGACAUCAAUUGAAGAAUUGUCUAAAUUUGAUAUUCAAGGAUUUGAUAUAUUGCAUUAAUUAUUCUUAGAAAAUAAUCAAUUGAGAAGAAAAUCAAUAAAUAAAAAUUACAAUAGAGUAGUUCUUAUUAUUUGUAUUAAUUUUUAUUGUCAUAUUUAAGCAUAGAUAAUGAUAAGAGAUUUAUAAAUAAUAGAACUUAAAUCAUAGACAAAAGGAUCCAAAAAAUAAAAGUGUAAUGAAUUAAACAAUUUAUUAAUUUAAGGUGGAUAAGAAGCAUAAGAAGAGUUAAAAAGAAGUAAAGAAUUAUGA